CACUCAGUUUCGCCUACGACGUCGUCAUGUUUGGAUCGCUACUACUGGGCAUCGCCACCCUGCUGGGCAUCAUCUACGCCUUUCUGGUGUCCAACUUUGGCCACUGGCGGCGACGUGGAGUCACCGAACCCAAGGCCCUGCCGCUCUUCGGUUCCUUUCCCAGCAUGGUGUGGCCACGCCAGCACUUCACCAUGGACAUGCGCGAUAUCUACAUGCGUUACAGGCACACCCAUAGCUAUGUGGGCUGCUACCUGUUGCGUGCACCCAAGCUGCUCGUCUUGGAGCCCCGCCUGGUGUACGAGAUCUAUGUGAGCGCGUUCAGUCACUUUGAGAACAACGAUGCCUCCAAGAUGGUGGACAUCGCCAAGGAUCGCCUGGUCGCCCUCAAUCCCUUUGUGCUCGAGGGCGAGGAGUGGCGCCACCAGCGGGCGGUCUUCUCCACUCUGCUGACCAACGGUCGCAUUCGCACCACCCAUGCCAUCAUGCAGCGCGUCUGCCAGGAUCUCUGCCAGUUCAUCGCCAUGAAGUCCGCCGGCGGCAAGGAGCUGGACUGCAUUGAUCUUGGUCUCCGAUUCACGGGCGAAUCCCUGUUUGACUGCGUCCUGGGCAUCCAGGCGCGCACCUUCACCGACAAUCCGCUGCCGGUGGUGCGGCAGAACCACGAGAUGUCCGCCGAGAAUCGCGGAUUGGCCAUUGCCGGUGCCGUCAGUGGACUCUUUCCGAAUCUGCCGCGUUGGCUGCGUCCCAAGGUGUUUCCUCGUUCCCACGAUCAAUUCUAUGGCGCGAUGAUCAGCGAGGCACUGCGUCUGCGACGUUCCAAGCAUCAGGAGCGCAACGACUUCAUCAAUCAUCUGCUCGAGAUGCAGCGGGAACUGAAUCUCAGCGAGGAGGACAUGGCCUCGCAUGCCAUGACCUUCAUGUUCGACGGUCUGGACACCACCUCCAAUAGCAUUGCCCACUGCCUGCUCCUGCUUGCUCGUAAUCCCGAUAGCCAGCGACGUCUGGUCGAGGAACUGCAGCAGGUCAGUUCUGGCGGAGAUCUGCCCGAUCUGGAUGCGCUGAUAGACCUGCCCUAUCUGAGUGCCUGCUUUAAUGAGAGCUUACGGAUCUAUCCAGCUGGCGGCUGGGCAUCGAAGAGCUGCACCAAGGAGUACGAGCUGCGGGGUAGCCACCAUGCGGAGCCACUGAAGCUGCGGCCCGGCGACAAUGUGAUGGUGCCCAUCUACGCCCUGCACAAUGAUCCCGAUCACUAUCCGGAACCCGAGGUAUUCCGGCCAGAAAGAUUCCUGGACGGCGGCCUGAAGACCUGCAAGCAGCAGGGCAUCUUUCUGGGCUUUGGGAAUGGACCGCGCCAGUGUGUGGGUAUGCGAUUGGGUUUGGCCAUGGCCAAAGCCGCUCUGGCGGCCAUUGUGCAGCGAUUCGAGGUCCUGGUCAGUCCACGGACACUGAGCGGCACGGAAAUCGAUCCCAUGACCUUUGUGGGCGUCCACAAGGGCGGCAUUUGGCUGCAGUUCGUCCCACGGCAAAACUGGACUAGGAAACCCAUUUAGAAAGUAGUUUCAAGAAACACAUUUACUAUACAUAUGUAUAAUGUUAUUCAUUUAGUAAAAUAAUAUUGUUGUAUAGUGCAACUUAUAGUUCUAA